GUCAGUCUUGAGUCACCAUGGUCCAUCAAAUCGUCGUCGCUCUGUGUGUGGUGAUAGGCCUCGCCUCUCAACAGGUAUUCGCUCAGUGGUCGGGCAUGGAUCAGAGUCAGGGUCAAGGUCUUGGUCAAGGUCUUGGUCAAGGUCAAGGUCAGAUGGGAGAAUUAGGCACAAGUGCGUGGGGCACAAACCAAGGUCAAGGUCUCCGCCAAGGACAGGGUCAGUUAGGAGGAUGGAACAGCGGUGCGUGGAACAUGGGCCAGGGUCAAGGUCAAGGAUUUGGUCAAGGUCUGGGUCAAGGCCAAAGUCAGUUUGGAGGAUGGGGCGGUGCUUUGGGCAUGGGACAAGGAGGAGGAUGGGGACAAGCGUCACCUGCUGGUUUAGGAAUGGGAGGCAUGGGACAAGGAGGAGGAUGGGGACAAGAGUCACCUGCUGGUUUAGGAAUGGGAGGCUUGUUCCAACAGGAACCUAACCAGUAUCAGACCUGCAUCGCCAAGAACUCAAAUGGGGACGAGAUGAGAGUCACCUUCAGCAGCAGCAACAACAACCCGUGGUUUGGAAACCGAUUUGGCAACGCCUUGCGUCUCACUGCUCGCAUCUCCUCCAACCAAGCUGCAACUCUCCAAGGUCAGUUCCAGUUGGUCGUCACUGAAUUCUCCCGCACCGAGGAGGUGUGUUCCAGCCGUGCUCUCGGCGACAUCCUGACCGACCGUACCUGGUGGAGCCAGUCCCGUACUCCCCGCGGCAUCGUGGGCAUCCCCGUCACCAUCAACCAGGGACAGACCGCCACCACCUCUGAGACCGUGGAGAACCUGGCCUUCGAGGAGCUGACCGGCCGUGGACUGGCUCUGUGUCCCUCUCACCAGAUCUUUGGGUCUACCUGCAGGGACGUCAUCCCUCUGUGCUGCAAGAUCGGCUUCGACAGUCAGCCUGCCACCACACCAUUCACCGCCCAGAACCAGCUCUUCGGCCAGGGACUUCUAGGCAUGCAGAACCCAGGUAGCAACAACGGUUUGGGAGGCGGUUUCGGCCAGAGGAUGCCCGGAGGGAUGGGAGGUGUCUUUAAUACCGAUGUUGGAAGGACCUCAACAAUCGACGGUAACAUGAACACUGCAGGUGGGCUAAGUUUGAACCAAGGACCUCAAGCAGGUAUGAACCAGAGGCUCCCCUCCGGAAUGAACGGCGGUAUGAACCAGGGACUCCCCUCCGGAAUGAACGGCGGUAUGAACCAGGGACUCCCCUCCGGAAUGAACGGCGGUAUGAACCAGGGACUCCCCACCGGAAUGAACGGCGGUAUGAACCAGGGACUCCCCACCGGAAUGAACGGCGGUAUGAACCAGGGACUCCCCACCGGAAUGAACGGCGGUAUGAACCAGGGACUCCCCUCCGGAAUAAACGGCGGUAUGAACCAGGGACUCCCCUCCGGAAUGAACGGCGGUAUGAACCAGGGACUCCCCACCGGAAUGAACGGCGGUAUGAACCAGGGACUCCCCUCCGGAAUGAACGGCGGUAUGAACCAGGGACUCCCCUCCGGAUUGAACGGCGGUAUGAACCAGGGACCCCCCUCCGGGUUGAACGGCGGUUUCUAGAUUCGGCAAUCUAACGGUCAUGUUAGACUUUUGAUGAAAGUCUAUAUAUCAAAUUGAUAGCAUUUAAUCUAUCGUUUUUGUGGGAAUAAAGCUAAAUACUAUCA